AUGAAUUAUAUGGAUUUGGGUAUUAGAUCCCGUAAGAUGGGAAUAAAAGCAAGGGAAAGUUUACCAAAAGAUGAAUUUAGCAUGGAAAAUAUCGAUGAUUUCUUUACAGAUGAUAAUAUAUCAUUUUUUCAUUAUGAUAAUAAGGACAGUGGUAAUAAUGAUAAAAGAUUGAAAACUCAACAAAAUACACCCGGCGCUAAUCCAUUUAAUAACAAUAUAAAUUUAGCUCCUCGUCAACAAAAAUUACCUCCUCAACAUAGCAUAAAUGGGAAUAAUAUAUUUAGCUCCUCUCAGCAGAUACCCCUUCCACCGCCAGCACCCCAAUUAUAUAAUAUUCCUGUUUUUGCAGGUUCCUCUUCAACUCAACAACAAUUGCCAACAAAUUUCCAGAAUCAAACUAGAAUCAUAGGAGAACCUAAACCACAAAUUUUUGCAAAUACUCAAAAUACAUUGACUUCUUCUCAAUAUUCUAACCCACCGACACUGUUAACGGGAUUAGACCAAACGGGAUCUAAUUUAAACACAAGAGUUUUAGACGAAUGGGAAGAAGAAGAAGAAGAAGAAGAAGAAGGAGAAGAGGAAGAAGAAAGUCAGAAGACAAAAAAGCAGGAAAUGCGAUACCAAAGAAACGUCCAUGAGUCGAAUUUUGUGACAGAUAUUGAUUCAUAUGGUCAAGAAGUGGGAAGCUAUACCGAUCAAAAUCCCAAUAAUAAUGAUAGCAAUAAUGGUAUUUAUAAUGAACCAGAUUUUAACAUGGAAGAACCAGAACAACCUACAGAGGAACUAGGAGAGAAAUUACCCAAAGAAAUGCCUUCUAACCUAGACGUGAGCUAUAUGAAUAAUCUUAAUAGAGAAGUUGAUGAUAUCUCUAUUUCCUUAACACCACCAAGAAAAAAACCUAAAGCAACAGACUUGUAUGGUACUGUUCCAGAUUUAAUUGAUGACAAUGAGACAGGGAAUGAUAUUUCAGAAGUGCAUACGUCACAGAAUAUUUUGGUUGAAGAUAUCCGUGAAGAAGAAAGUGAUGAUGAAGAUGAAGAUUAUGAUUUUGAUAAUGAUGAUACUAAUGAGCUGAUUCCGGAACCUGAGGAGCAAGAUGAAGAUUAUGAAGAAGAAGAUUAUGAAGAAGAGGAAGAAGAAGAAGAACUUUUAAAAGACAUACCGCAAGGUAGUGAAAGCAAUAUGGAAAAAAAUUUAACGCAGAGGCAGUCUUACGCUAAUAAUACUGGUGCCGAAGAUAUGGCUGAAUUUGAUAGCGAUUCCAGUUUGGAAUUAAAUAAAAGAGUAGACCCUAGGUUAUCUAAAGAAAAUACUAGUGCUGCAAGGACUAACAAAAACGAUGAUCCAGAUGAUGAAGAAUUUAUAUUGGGUCAACAAAAAGAGUUUGAAUCGGAAGAAGAAACCAGCAUGGAACGUCCACUUGGACUAAGAAGAUCCACCAGAAUACGCGUCCCUACUCUAGAUUACUGGAGGAAUGAAAAAAUUGUUUACAAGAGAAACCCUGAAAAGCCAGUUUUAGAAAUAGCUGACGUUAUAAGAAAGGAUCCUGAUGAUGAUACUGAUGAAGAGGAACUAAUGAGAAAACAAAGGAGGAAAAGGAACUUAUUAAGUAAUAACAACGUGUCUAUUAGUGGAAAUAAUAAUUCAACAUCUAAUGGGAAACGUAGAGGUAGACCAAAGAAAAAUAUGUUAAAUAAUCGUGCCGAGGAGGUAAACAAAGAGAUUCUUAGACAAGUAAACGAGGGAGAUUUCCCCAAUUCGAAAUGGAUAAAGUAUGGGUUAUUAGAAUCAACUGUCGUCAAAGUUACCAAAGACCCAGGUAACCAAGAUGUAGCUAAUGCACCAGCUACGGUUGAGGAAGAUGAAAUUAUUGCUUUUGCUCCAAACAGAGCACAAACUGAAGAGGUAGAAGCGUCUGAUGAGGAUAAUUUCUCAUUAUCUGUAAUGUUUGAUAAACACAAAGAGCUUUUUGCUAGCGGAGUGUUAAAGUUACCCAUUAUGCACGGCAAAAAGGCACCCACUAAUUCUUAUAAUACAGCAUUAACAUUUUAUGUGGUGCAAGGGAUACUAGAAGUCACAUUAUAUGAGAAUAAGUUUGUCUGUACAGCUGGGAGUUCCUUUCAAGUACCAGCAUACAAUAAUUAUGCUUUCGAAAAUAAAGGCUAUAAUGAGGUAAAACUAUUUUUUGUACAGGUUACUGUUCCUGACAAACCGGAAAACAUAGAUAUUUCAAAUAAUAAAGGAAAAAAUAAUAGUAUUCCAAGCAUAGAGCAAAAAGACGGAAAAAAUACCACAGAUACAUUUUUGGAAAGUGAUAAAAAGAAGGAAGAGAAUUUAUUUGUACAAGAUGACGAUAGCAUGGAAGAAAAAGAAAAAACUUCUAAUUCUUCAAGUUUAUCUAGUAUUUGA